AUAGAGAGGUUUGACUGCAGUUGUUAAUGAAAUUCAAAUGGGUACAAGUGAAGGGCAAGAACAAGAGUUGAUGAUGUCAAACGCAAUAGUGCCACUGUCCCUUUAGAUGAACCAACAAACAUUGGUGGAGUGCCUCCAACACUUCCGCCACAUUUUGAAAACAUGCAUAGCCCAGAGAGACCUCUUAACUGGCAAAUCUCUGCACACCCUUUACGUAAAAUCACUCAUUCCAUCAUCUACGUACCUCUCCAACCAUUUCAUCCUUCUCUACUCCAAGUGUGGCCUCCUUAGCACUGCUCGCAGGGCUUUCGAAGCCACGCCUGCACCCAAUGUCUUCUCAUUCAAUGCUAUCCUCAAUGCCUAUACUAAAGAGUCUCAGCUCCACCUUGCCCACCAACUGUUUGAUAAAAUUCCCCAACCAGAUAUUGUUUCUUACAACACCCUUAUCUCCGCUUACGCUGAUCUUGGCCACACCCUGCCUGCUUUUCGACUCUUUCUCGACUUGAGGGAGAUGGGUCGUGGCAUGGAUGGGUUUACUCUUUCCGCUGCUAUUACUGCUGCUAAUGACAAUGUUGAUUUCAUCACUCAGCUUCAUUCCUUGUCUAUUUCAGCUGGGCUUAUCUCUUAUGCUUCUGUUAACAACACUCUCAUAACGUACUAUAGCAAAAAUGGACUUCUAGAUUAUGCUCAAGGGGUGUUCGCAUCAAUGGGUGAGAUAAAAGACGAAGUUUCUUGGAACACGAUGAUUGUUGCUUAUGGGCAGCAUAGGGAAGGGACAAAGGCGUUGGCUUUGUAUAAAGAAAUGGAACAUAGGGACUUAAAUUUAGACAUGUUUACUAUGGCCAGUGUGUUGACAGCGCUUACGUCCAUGGAAGACUUGCGCGGUGGGCUUCAAUUUCAUGCUCGGUUAAUCAAAAUGGGUUUUCACGAAAAUCCACACGUUGGAAGUGGUCUGAUUGAUCUGUACUCAAAAUGUAGUGGUGGCAUAUCAGAUUGCAAAAAAGUCUUUCAGGAAAUUCCUUAUCCAGACUUGGUCCUUUGGAACACAAUGAUUUCUGGAUAUUCGCAGUCUGAGUUGUGUGAAGAAGCUGUUGCUUGUUUUAGACAAAUGCAGCUUGCCGGCCAUCGACCUGAUGAUUGCAGCUUUGUUUGCGUGAUUGGUGCAUCUUCCAACUUGUCAUCACCGUCUCAAGGGAAACAAAUUCACUCUUUGACAGUCAAGUCUAGCAUUACGUCCAACCGAAUCUCAGUGAGCAAUGCUCUCAUUGCAAUGUAUUCGAAAUGUGGAAGUCUGCAUGAUGCAAGACUACUUUUUGAUAGAAUGCCUGAGCAUAAUGCUGUCACUUUAAAUUCUAUGAUUGCAGGCUAUGCACAACAUGGGCAUGGAGCGGAGUCGCUGCUACUAUUUGAAUGGAUGCUUGAAAGAAAUCUGACACCUACAAAUAUAACAUUCAUCUCUGUCCUAUCUGCAUGUGCACACACUGGAAAAGUCGAGGAAGGGAAGAAGUAUUUUGGUUUAAUGACUGACAAAUUUGGGAUAAAACCAGAGGUUGAGCACUAUUCAUGCAUGAUUGACCUUUUGGGUCGAGCAGGAAAGCUCGAGGAAGCAGAGAGACUAAUCGAAACAAUGCCAUAUAAUCCCGGUACAAUUGGCUGGGGCUCGUUACUUAGGGCAUGUCGAACUCAUGGUAAUAUAGAGUUAGCAACAAAGGCAGCUAACCAGUGUGUUCAGCUGGAUCCUUCAAAUGCGGCACCGUAUAUCAUGCUUGUACACAUGAAAGCUUGUCUUGGCAGAUGGGAAGAGGUAGCAGCUAUUAGAAAACAAAUGCGAGACAAGGGAGUCAGAAAGCAAGUGGGUUGCAGUUGGAUUGAGGUGGACAAAAGAGUUCAUGUCUUUGUGGCAGAAGAUAGUUCUCAUCCGAUGAUAAAUGAGGUGUAUAAAUUCUGGGAAGAGAUGUCAAAGAAGAUGAAGCAAGCAGGGCAUUCUCCAGAUUUGAGGUGGUCUCUGAUUAGAGAUGAUGGAACUAGGCAGGAGGAGAAAGAGAGAAGCUUAUGGCAUCAUAGUGAAAAGUUGGCAGUUGCUUUCGGGCUUUUAUCGACUAAAGACAGCGAACCUAUUCUUAUCAUAAAGAAUUUGAGAAUAUGUGGUGACUGUCAUAAUGCAAUAAAAUUUCUAUCUGGUAUGACAGGAAGAGUGAUUACAGUAAGGGAUUGCCACAGGUUUCAUUGCUUCAAGGGUGGGGCAUGUUCUUGUGGGGAUUACUGGUGAUAGCUGAUAAGUUUUGCAAUCAGAAUGCUGGUCUGAUCCCAGCCAAUUCAUGUGAUUGCCAUGGGCUAUGGAGAGUGAAGUUGUGAAUGCUAUACAGUGUACUUAGAGUUAGCACGAUGAAGUGCAAUUUUUUAUUUGUUAGCAACAGAAAGAUGGGCCUAAUAUUUUUGUUUAACCAAGUGAAAUUUUAAGGAAAAAUGAAUGAAGUACUUGAAAGAGUGCACUGCAUGUAG